AUGACCGAAAAGAAAGACGCAGAGUCACUCACAGAGCUUGAGCCGGUAGUUUCAUUCACCCAAGAAGAUUUGGAAGACAAACAGAAACAUGUGUUGACAGUUAUUGCUUCACCUGGUGGAAAGGAAAUUGAGAUUACCAACAAUGUUGAUGUGGCUAUGAAAUUUGCUAUCGAACACAAGGGAGAAGCUAAACCAUUGGACUCGGCGACGGACCGAAAGAUAUUGCGCAAGAUUGAUAUGUAUAUACUUCCUGUCAUGUGUUUGUUGUAUUGCUUUCAGUUUAUGGACAAGUUGAGUACCAGUUACAGUGCUAUAUUGGGAUUAAGAACCGAGUUACACAUGGCAGGGGAUAUGUUCAGCUGGACUACGACAUGUUUCUACAUUGGUUACUUGGCAUUUGAGUUUCCUGCUUCAUUACUACUUCAAAGAUUCCCUGUUGCCAAAACUGUGGGUGUAUUCAUUGUAUUGUGGGGAAUGAUUCUUGCCUUGUGCUCGGUUCCAAAAUAUCCUGGUUUCAUUGUGUUGAGAACAAUUAUGGGUAUGUUGGAGCUGUCGAUAACCCCCGCAUUUACCAUACUCACUUCUCAAUGGUACAAGAAAGAAGAACACUUUUCGAGAACCACCUGGUGGUUUGCCUCCAAUGGGUUUGGUACCAUCCUUGGCAGCUUGAUUGCGUAUGGUACAUACAAACACCAAGAUUCAUAUUCACUACCAGCUUGGAAGUUGGUAUUUGUCAUUACUGGAGUUUUGACGAUUUUCUUGGGGUUUGUAAUUAUGCUUCAUAUCCCUGAUACGCCAACUGGAGCAUGGUUUCUUACGGACGAGGAGAAAGUUUUAGUGGUUGAAAGAAUUAGGGGCAAUCAACAAGGGUUUGGUAAUCCAAGGUUCAAGAAGGAGCAAUUCAUUGAGGCAUUGACUGAUCAUCGUACGUGGUUAUUUUUCAUCUUUGCUAUAGCAAACAACAUUCCCAACGGAGGUAUGACAACAUUUAGAACAAUAUUGUUGAAUGAACAAUUUGGCUUUGAUACAGCAGAGGCGCUUUUGAUGCAAAUGCCAUCAGGUGGAGUUGAAAUUGUCGGAUGUGUUUUGUUUGCGUGGUUGCUGCAGUUUAUCAAGUCUCGUAUGUUGAUGACUAUCUUUGUGGCAAUGAUUACGGUCAUGGGGGAGUGCCUAUUGGCUUUUGCACCCACCAAGAGAGGCAAACUUGCCGGGCUUUACAUAUACAAUGUUUUCCCGCUUUGUUUCAUUUGCCUUACGUCACAAAUUUCGUCAUCCGUUGCUGGUCAUACAAAGAAGGUUACCUUCAAUGCCAUUUUUUUGAUAGGUUAUUGUGUGGGGAACUUGGUUGGCCCUCAGAUCUUCUUGGACAGUCAGGCUCCAGUGUACUCUGGAGGUAAAAUUGGGAUCGUAGUUGCAGGAGUUGCCGCUUUAGUGUGUUUGAUUUUAGUCUACAUCUCAUACUAUGUGGAUAACAAGAGACGCGAUGCCUUGCCUCCAGUUGAUAUGAGCAAGAUUGAGAAUUAUGAGUUUGCUGAUUUGACCGACAAACAGAACCCAAACUUUAGAUAUGCUCUUUAG